AUGGACGCGUCAUCGGUGCUCAACCCGUGGAGCCAACAGGCCGUAUGCAACCUCACGCGCCUGGCUCGCAGCAGCGGCCGCAACCACCGCGUGCGGAUAAGCGCGCCGAGCGGCGGCGGAACCACGAGCGCGAGCAGCAGCCCGACGGACGGCGAGGCUGUGCUGAAAGCGAUCGGCGGCGGGGCAUCGCCGCAGCACGACGAUUCGGGAGACAUGUCCGAGCCAGAAGUGACGUCCCCUCCUCGACGUCGCACUCGCGACCAAGCCUUCGACACAGCGUCGGAAUCCUCCGAGCCGUCGAUGUCGCCUCGGGAGCCGCCCUCCUCCCCGUCCCGCACCUCCUCCUCCUCGAUUCUCUUCCUCGGCCCGCCGUCCUCUGCCGUCCCGCAGACCCCCAACGUCAUGAUUCCGCCGGCCACGGAAUGCCCGUACGCGCCGCGGAAGAUGCGCAAGCUGGGCGGCGGCCGGACGGCGCUGAUGAUGCGAUCGGAGGGUAUUCGCCGCCUGAUGCGCGCGAUCACCUUUGAGUAA